GUGGGCUCGAGGGCCCCGACGUGCUGAGGAGGACACCAUGAGCCAGUCAGGGUCCGUGAGCUGCUGCCUGGGUGCUGCCAAUGGCAGCCUGGGCCGGUCAGACGCCGUGGGCAAGAUGAGCGCCAAGGACCUGUUCGAGCAGAGGAAGAAGUACGCCAACUCCAGCGUCAUCAUGCAUGAGACAUCCCAGUACCACGUGCAGCACCUGGCCACCUUCAUCAUGGACAAGAGCGAGGCCAUCACGUCAGUGGAGGACGCCAUCCACAAGCUGGUGCAGCUGAGCUCCAAGGAGAAGAUCUGGACACAGGAGGUCCUGCUGGAGGUCAGCGCCCACUGCCUGCGGCUGCUGGACGUGGAGACGCAGGAGGAGCUGGAGAACUUUGCACUGCCCACUGUGCGCCACAGCCAGACGGUGCUGAACCAGCUGCGCUACCCAUCCGUGCUACUGCUGGUGUGUCAGGACUCGGAGCAGAGCAAGCCCGACAUCCACUUCUUCCACUGCGACGAGGUGGAGGCCGAGCUGGUUCAGGAGGACAUAGAGAGCGCCCUGGCCGACUGCCGGCUGGGCAAGAAGCUGCGGCCCCAGACGCUCAAGGGCCACCGGGAGAAGAUCCGGCAGCGGCUGUCGGUGCUGCCGCCGCCCCCGGGCCCGGCCCCCAUCCCCUUCCAGCGCCGCAGCGGGGACUCGCCCCCCAAGAACCGCGUGGGCCCCCCGGUGCCGUCGGGCGAGGCGGGCUUCGGCCGCCGAGAGUCUCUGGAGGAGGAGCCGCGGGCGGUGCUGGCGCAGAAGAUAGAGAAGGAGACGCAAAUCCUCAACUGCGCGCUGGAUGACAUCGAGUGGUUCGUGGCGCGGCUGCAAAAGGCGGCAGAGGCCUUCAAACAGCUGAACCAUCGCAAGAAGGGGAAGAAGAAGGGAAAGAAGGGGCCAGCAGAGGGCGUCCUCACGCUGCGGGCACGGCCCCCCUCCGAGGCUGAGUUUGUGGACUGCUUCCAGAAAAUCAAGCUGGCCAUCAACCUCCUGGCCAAGCUGCAGAAGCACAUCCAGAACCCGAGCGCCGCUGAGCUCGUGCAUUUCCUCUUCGGGCCGCUGGACCUGAUCGUCAACACCUGCGGUGGCCCCGACAUCGCCCGCUCGGUGUCCAGCCCCCUGCUGUCCCACGACGCCGUGGCCUUCCUGCGUGGCCACCUGGUCCCCAAGGAGAUGGCACUGUGGGAGGAGCUGGGCGAGACGUGGACGCGCCCCCGCUCCGAGUGGCCUCGGCGUGAGCCGCAGGUACCCCUCUACGUGCCCCGGUUCCACAGCGGCUGGGAUCCCCCGCUGGACGUGCUGCAGGAGGCGCCCUGGGAAGUGGAGGGGCUGGCGGGGGACCCCGAGCCCCCUCCUGGCAGCCGGCCAUCUUUUCGAGGCUCCCCCAAGCACACCCUCGCGCCUGAGCCCUCGCCCCCCGGGGAUGUCCUCCCCCCCGCCGGCGCCGGCGCCUCCAGCACCCACAGGAGCUACGAGGCCUCUCCAGCCGUGGCCAGGUUCGCCCGCGUCCUCUACGACUUCACUGCCCGCAACGCCAACGAGCUGUCGGUGCUCAAGGACGAGGUCCUGGAGGUGCUGGAGGAUGGACACCAGUGGUGGAAGCUGCGCAGCCGCAGCGGCGAAGCCGGUUACGUGCCCAGCAACAUCUUGGACCCCGUGCGGCCCGAGGACCUGGGGGGCCCCACAGAGCCGGCCAGUCUGAAGUACUGGGGUCCCACCAGCCCGACCCACAAGGUGCCCCCAAGCUUUGCCGGAAACAAAGACGAGCUGCUGCACCACAUGGACGAGGUCAACGACGAGCUGCUCCGCAAGAUCAGCCACAUCCGCGCGCAGCCGAAUCGCCAUUUCCGCGUGGAGCGCAGCCAGCCGGUGCGCCAGCCGCUCACCUACGAUUCGGGGCCCGGCCAGGUGCGCGCCUGGCUGGAGGCCAAGGGCUUCAGCCCCAGGACCGUGGAGCACCUGGGCAUCCUGACCGGCCCGCAGCUCUUCUCGCUCAACAAGGAGGAGCUGAAGAAGGUGUGCGGCGAGGAGGGCAGCCGCGUGUACAGCCAGCUCGCUGUGCAGAAGGCCACGUUGGAGCAGCAGCAGCAGCAAGGUGGGUCAGAGCUGGAGGAACUCAUGAGCAGGUUCCACUCCAAGACCCAGUGGAGGGCGGAGGACGACAGCUAGGCCGCCGGCACCCGGCCCCUCACUGGCGGGUGGCCGGCACCCAGCGUGGUGCGUCUGUGGCCUUGGACACGCCUUGCCGGACACGCCUGCUGGCCCACAUUGCACCCAGGCCGGUCCUGAGCUGGACGGUGCCCCUCCAC